AACCUAUCUCUGUGGUCAUCACAGCUUAUGUGUACUUUGUUUGACCUAUAUAUUCGAACCCGGCUGUCUGGGUUGUAGGUAUAUACACAUGUGUAUUGUAAUUCCUCCAAACUUUAGUUAGCAGCCGAGCAUUCAGACCUUACAAAUCACACGAUGUGCGAGUGGGUUGAGGAGAAAGAUUCAGAUGGAAAUUGCCUGAAAACCAAAAAAUACAAAGGGAAAUAUUACGCCAGUAUUAUUCCUGGAAAUGUCAAGGAUCAACUGGAGAGGCUAGAAAACAUGGAAGUCCGUGACGAUGACACUUUUGUACUCUCCUACCCAAAGUCAGGAACCCACUGGGUGUUUACGAUCGCCAGUAUGCUCCGGACCGGAAAGUCCUCUUACAGCGGGUCACCGCACUUCCUGGAUUACAACGAAAUCGAUUUACUGGACAACUUGCCAUCUCCUCGGCUUUUGGCUUCUCACUUGACAUUCGACCAGCUUCCACGGCAGGUCAGGGAGGGAAAGGGCAAGGUAUUGCUGAUUACUCGGAACCCGAAAGAUGUGGCGGUUUCUUAUCAUAUUUUUAUGACGAAAUUGAAUGCUCCUGAUUAUAAAGGCUCCUGGGAGGGAUUUCUCAGGUUUUAUUCAGAAGGCAGAAUGCUGUACGGUUCCUGGUUCGAUGCCUUUUUUGACUGGGAAAAUACAAAAGCCACUUACAAAGGAGAUAAUAUUUUGUACCUUAUAUACGAGGAUAUGAAACAGGAUCUUCUCGCCAACGUCACCAAGAUAGCGGCGUUUCUUUGUGAAACAUAUGACAAGUCAUUCUUGGAGGAAGUCACCGACAGAAGUACCUUUAAAACAAUGGUAAAGACCGUCAUGGAGGAGAUCAAACCAUCCGACCAGGACUACAUACACCAAAUGUCAGACGACAAAAAAUUGCCGAUAUAUCGAAAAGGAGAGGUUGGAGACUGGAAGAACCAUUUCACUGUUGCACAAAACGAAAUUUUCGACAAAAUCUACCAGGAGAAAAUGAAGAACACGAACUGUACAUUCCGAUUUGAAUAGAAGACAAUGAUACAGUUAAAUGAAAAUUAACGACUUUUGAAUUAAUUUGAUACAUUUACAUAUUCUGCUCACCAUGCCUGGAUUGUUCUGGUGUGCCAAAUAACACUAUACAUGUAUAAACAUGCAUUUGUUUAUAAUAUGGGAUGAGAAAAUGUGAGAACAUGAACUAUGGAUAUAGUAUUUUCUUCGUUACGAAAAUUACAAUGGAAUAUAAUUUUCAGGCUAACCCUGGACAAAAUAUUGUUCAAUAAACAUUUGUGUUCCACAU